AUGUCUAAUUCUCCAGUACCUCUAGGUGAUUUUUCAAAGAUCUCUACUCUGCCAGGUAUUUCACCAAUUACCCCAGAACAAAGAGGUGAAUCUUUCUGGUCUUCCAACCCAAUCUCAUCAUAUUUGAUCGAUACUUAUAACAACAUCCAUGCUCAUAGAAAAACUCUUUCGUUGGUGAAUCCUGGUACCGUUGAAAACUUGAACAAAGAAGUUUCUCGUGAUGUUUUCUUGACACAAUAUUUCUUCACCGGUUUGAGAGCCGAUUUGAACAAGACUUUUGCCUUCAACCCAGCUUUCCAAACCUCUCAUACUUUCUCCAUGGGCUCUGAAUCUUUGCCAAACUAUGCCUUCAGUGCUUUGUUUGCUAACGAUAACUUGUUCAUGCAAGGUAAUGUUGAUAACCAAAUGUCUUUGUCCGGUAGACUGCAAUACGGUUGGGAUAAGAACAAUGUCACCAAGGUCACGUUACAAAUCUCUGAAGGUCAGCCAACAAUGUGCCAAUUGGAACAAGAUUACCAGGCUUCUGAUUUCUCUUUGAAUUUCAAGACUUUGAAUCCUUCUGCUGCAAGUGACGGUAGCUUCACUGGUGUUGCUGUUGGUUCUAUUCUACAGUCCAUUACUCCCCAAUUGGCUAUUGGUUUGGAAGCUAUUUAUUCUAAGGGUCAAGCUAUGUCCCCAGCUGACGCCGCUGUGUCCUAUAUGACACGUUUCGUUUCUGCUAAGCAGGACUGGAUCUUCUCCGGUCAAUUGCAAGCUAAUGGUGCUGCUGUCGCCUCUUUCUGGAGAAAGGUGUCUCCAAACAUGGAAGCUGGUCUAGAAACUUCUCUACAAGCCUCCAUGUUGCCAAUCAUGGACCCAGUUAUCGGCCAACCUAUUGGGUUCCAACCAGCCAUUGAAGGUGCUACCACUUUAGGUUGUAAGUACGAAUACAGACAAUCUGUGUUCCGUGGUUCCAUUGAUUCAAACGGUAAGGUCGGCUGUUUCUUGGAAAGAAAAAUCUUACCAACAUUAUCCGUUCUAUUCUGUGGUGAAAUCGACCAUUUCAAGAAUGAAAGCAAGCUUGGUGCCGGUUUACAAUUUGAAACUGCCGGUAGCGAAGAACUAUUAAUGAUGCAACAAGGUCUAGAUAUUAAUGGUAACCCUCUACAAGCUCCACCAGCUUAA